AUGUCUGCUCAGAAACCAGGUAGCAUUGCUGCAAAGCAAGCUGCCAGGAAAAAGAAGACAGUAAAGCAAAAACCUGCUUCAUUGGUUUCACAACCAACAGCAGUAGAACAAACCAACAACGACAAUAACAACAAUGGCAGUUCUCCUCCUCAACCUCCUCUUCAAUCUUCUCCCGAUGCUGCAUCAUCAAAACAACAAGAUAGACAAUCAAAGUCACAGCACAAGUCUACAACUCGUCCAGAGUCUCCUACUCAGUCUCAAUCUACUACCGCCGCCGCCGCCGCCGCUGUGACCGAUACCGUAGUCUCUGACAAUAAAGAAAGAAAGAGAAAGAAACCAGUGUACAAUGAAAAGAUGAUGGUUUGUAGCUUCUACCAACUCGGUAAAUGUACAAAGGGUGAUGACUGUACCUUUAUCCAUCAAGGUAAUCCAGUUGUAGUACAAGUAUCUCAACCACAACAAACCAUUCCCACCCCCACCGUCACUGCUAAUACUAGCAACGGUAACAGCAACAUCAAUGCUGCUAUCCCUGACAAAAAGAAAAAGGAUAAACCAUGUAGAUUUUUCAAGACUGGUACUUGCUCCAAGGGUGAUGAUUGUCCAUACACACAUAUUGAAGAACAACCAGUGCCUGUACCACCACCAAAAGUAAAGGACAUCGACAAAAAGAGAAAGGAAAAAGAAAAGGAAACUUGUAAAUUCUAUAAUGGUAAAGCUGGUUCAUGUUCCAGGGGUAACGAUUGUCCAUACUCUCACGAUCUCUAUAAGCCAGUAGUUGUACAACCGGCUGUAGUUGUACCACCACCAAAAGUAAAUGACACCAACAAAAAGAGAAAGGAAAAGGAAAAUGAACCAUGUAAAUUCUAUAAUGGUAAAGCUGGUUCAUGUUCUAGGGGUAACGAUUGUCCAUACUCUCACGAUCUCUACCAGCCAAUCAAAGUAGAACAAGUUGAAGUUGAAGAACCAGUCUUUACCGAUGACUUUACCACCGACUUUGUAUGGGAGCCAUGUAAAUUCUUCAAGGCUGGCUAUUGCUCCAAAGGUGAUGAUUGCCCAUUUGCACAUAAUCUAAAGGAGAUACCAUGUAAAUAUUUUAACAGACCAUCUGGUUGUGCCAACACUACUGAAUGCCCCUAUGGACAUUUCUAUUCUCAACAACAACAAUCAACAACUACAUCAACUUCAACACCUUCCAAAAAGUUGAAUGAAACCUCUUCACCAUCCUCUUCAUUUGCAACAAAGAAUGAUAAUACUAGUAAUAGUAGUGGUUAUAAUAAUAAUGGUACCAAAAAGGAUCAAAAGGAAAAGUUUGUACCUGUUCCUCCACCUUUACCUUUUCCAGUUUCUAAUGCACCAGUUUCUACACCAUCCUACACCUCCUCAUCUUCUCAAACAAAGAUUAACAAACCCAAAACUACUACUACUACUACCAAUUCCAAAACUAGUCCCUAUACCAAACCUGUUAAUGGAAAGGUAAAGGUAUCUGUUGCUGCCCUAACUAUUGAAUCUGAAGAAGAAUUAUCUGAAGAAGAGGAAGAAGAAGAAGAAGAAUCUACUACUACUACUAGAAAAGAAAAUGUUGCAAAGAAUGCACAAUCUCAAUCUUCAAAUCCAUCAAAAAAGAAAAAGAACAAAAAGAAGAAGAAACAACAAAUCAAACAAAAGCAACAACAACAAUCUGAAAAAGGACAAGAAAAAGAAAAAAGGCUGCACCCCAACAACAACAACAACAGAAAAAGAAGAAGCAAGAACCUGCUGCUGCCUCUUGGUCCUCCAAUUCAACCAAAAAGUUGA